AUGACCGACUUGCUGGCCCAUGUGGUGCAACAACAGAGCCACAACCCUAACCCACCUGUCGGGAAUCCCGAAAACCAUGGGAAUCACGUAGAAAGUGAGGAUCGAGCUCUUGAAAGGUUCCAAAAGUUCUCCCCACCAAAGUUUCUUGGAGGACCCAAUCCCGAUGUGGCUGAAAGAUGGUUGGAGAAGAUGGUGGACAUCUUUGCGGCCUUACAUUACUCCGAAGAGAGGCAGGGCGAUAAGAGUACCCCUCCCAAAUUUGGCCGUGGAGCUGGAGGAGGACGAGUUUCGGGUACGGCAAGAGGGACUCCGCCAAGAGGUGGCCAGAUGGGACGAGGCCAACAGAGGAGUGCCUCACAACGAAGCUCCGUCACUGUUUCUCGUGGUUCGUGUGGGUUCUGUGGGAAGCCGAACCACAUGGAGGAUAACUGCUGGAGAAAGGAGAAGAAGUGCUUACGCUGUGGGAGCACGGAGCACCAGAUAGCCAGCUGUCCAGUUCAACCCCGAGAGGCGAGAAGGAUCACACAAUCUUCUAAGGCGACUUCAGCGCAAUCAAAGGUGGAAGUGACGAAAUCGAAGGUGCCUGCCCUAGUGGACUCUAUCGAGCAACGUCCUGUCCCUGAAUCGGCGGAGGUGGUGGAAGGUACGACUCCUGUCUUCCACCGUCUAGCUAGGAUUUUGAUAGACCCCGAUGCCACCCAUUCCUUUGUUAACCCUGCAUUUAUGUGUGGAAUUAAUAUAACCCUUGUAAACCUGCCCUACGAACUGGAAGCAUGGACUGGUUAG